GUCAAACACGUGCCAUAAAAUUAUAAAAAAUGAUGUGCUCUGUUUCAUGGAAAAAGUAGUAUUCCUGCUAUCUUAUUUAAACAUAUUUGCCUAUCAGUAGAAGAAAUAUCUCGUUCACAUUUCUUUAUUAUUUCGAUGUCUCCAUCUACCAGUUGAAUAAAUUACAUACUAACAAUUCAUCAGAGCUAACAAAAAACGAAGACCUUUAACACUUUUCCAAUUAGUCAAUAGUAAUGGAAUCACCAUUGCUAGAUGACUUCUCGGUCGACCACUAUCAGCUCAUCGGGUCCGAUGGUGACUACCGGUCCAUUAGGACUUUGAAUAUGAAAGAAAUAUGGGCUCUAUUUUGGACCGAAACGGUGAAGUUGUGGGAGAUUGGAGGUCCAAUAGCUUUCAAUAUUGUAUGCCAAUACGGACUAUAUGCUAUUACAGUGGCUUUCUGUGGUCAUCUUGGACCAACUGAACUCUCUGCUGUUUCUGUUGCUCAAACUGUUAUUGGCACUUUUGCUUUCGGUUUCAUGAUAGGCAUGGGGAGUGCUCUGGAGACGCUCUGUGGGCAGGCAUUUGGUGCUGGGCAAGUACACAUGCUUGGAGUUUAUACACAGCGCUCGAUGAUAAUUCUAUUGUUGAGUACCUUCGUUCUCUUACCACUCUAUAUUUUCGCGACUCCUAUACUUAAGCUCCUUGGCCAAGAUCAUGAUAUAGCUGUUGUUGCUGGAAAGUUUGCCAUCUUUACCAUACCUGAGUUAUACUCCUUGUCUAUCAAUAUUCCCACUUCAAAAUUUCUUCAAGCCCAGAGUAAAGUUGGCGUGCUGGCCUGGAUUGGUUUUGUGGCUCUCGUGUCUCAUGCUUUUCUCCUUUGGCUCUUCAUUUUUGUGUUCAAUUGGGGUUUGAUUGGGGCAGCUAUAUCCUUUAAUCUCAUAGGCUGGAUCAACGCAUUAGCUCAAUUUGCUUACGUAGUUUUUUGGUGCAAGGAUGGGUGGAAGGGAUGGUCUUGGUCGGCAUUCAAUGAGAUAUGGGCCUUUGUUAGACUGUCAAUUGAAUCGGCUGUUAUGCUAUGCCUAGAAACCUGGUAUAUGAUGAGUAUUAUUCUCCUCACCGGCCAUCUCAAAGAUGCAGUUACUGCAGUUGGAUCCCUCUCUAUUUGCAUAAAUGUCGAUGGAUGGGAAGCAAUGUUUUUCAUUGGAGUCAAUGCUGCCAUAAGUGUUCGGGUCUCAAAUGAGCUAGGGCUAGGACGUCCCAGGGCGACCAAAUACAGCGUCUAUGUCACAGUGUUUCAGUCACUUCUCAUUGGGAUACUCUGCAUGAUUGUAGUAUUAGUAGCACGAAAUCAUUUUGCCAUUCUUUUCACCAGCGACGAGGUUUUGAUACGAGCUGUUUCUCAGCUUGCUUGGUUUCUUGGAAUAACAAUGGUUCUCAACAGUGUUCAACCUGUGAUAUCAGGUGUUGCUGUUGGAGGUGGAUGGCAAGGUCUUGUGGCUUACAUCAAUUUGGGUUCUUACUAUGUUUUUGGUAUACCUCUUGGAUAUCUUCUUGGUUAUGUGGCUAACUUGGGAGUCAUGGGACUAUGGGGAGGAAUGAUAGGUGGACUGGCUUUGCAAACACUGCUACUCUCAGUUGUACUAUACAGAAUUGAUUGGGAUAAAGAGGUCGAGCAGACGACAGAGCGCAUGCGAAUAUGGGGAGGUCAAGACAUAGAAACGGAGAAAACUCCACGUCCCAAAUCUCCGAAGGGAACUCCACUUCCCAAAUCUCCCAAGGGCUUAAGAGCUACGAUCUAUGCAUGAUACAGAUGAAUGACGACAUCUUCUUAUUUGUUUUUCUGUUUACCGGUGUAUGAUUUUUGACAGAACCUACUAAUUAGAUAUGAAUGAAUUGACAAUUUUGUUACUUCUA